GGUGGAGGUUGCUGCGUCGACCUCAGUCAGUUACACUUGGAACCAUGGAUGCAAGUCCAAACUUGCGGCCAGGAAGCCCCGAGCCACGAGGAUAACAUCACACCCACACCGUGCGAUUGACCCUCCUUAAUUUGCUUCUUCUUCUUCGAUCAGCCAGGAGGAUAAGAUGUUUCCCCUAAUCUCCCAAGAAACUUGGCUUUGUUCUUUUUCGAGUUCAUGAGAUGGCCUGGAAGCGAGACUGCUCUGAACACCUUUUGUGGUUAGUGUGGUGCUUUACGGUAGUUCUUUUUUUUUCUUUUGGCAGGAGUAAUGUUUGUGUGUGUUUAGUCGCAUGUCAAGUGAUGUCCCCACAUACAAGCCCAACAGAACGGGCGUCCACAGGCCGGCCCUCGUGCACAAGUCUGGAUCAUGGCCACAGCGGCGGCGAGCUUACCCAUCGCCUGCCUCAACGUCGCCUUCCUGCUCCUGCUCGCCUUCUUCUACGUCUCGCGCCCUGCCGUGCCGCCGGACUCGGCGACGUCCAUGAACGGCUGGAGCGGCGACGAGCGCGAGUGGCACGGUCAUGGCGGCGGCUGCGACGGUGCUCACCGGCGGCUGGAGGCUGACAAGGACAGCUACCCGCGGGGACGGGGCUACGUCGAUUACCUUUACCUGUUCUACUGCAUCUGCGGCGACGAGCACCGGGCCCUUGGGUACGCCGCGAUGGCCGCGUGGCUCGCCGUGCUCUUCUACGUCCUGGGCGACACCGCCGCGGUCUACUUCUGCUCCAGCCUCGAGGGCCUCUCGCGCCUGCUCCGCCUGUCCCCGGCCGUGGCCGGCGUGACGCUCCUCUCGCUGGGCAACGGCGCGCCGGACGCGCUCUCCACCGUCGCCUCCUUCGCGUCGGGCGGAGGCGGCGGGAAGGGGGCGAGCACCGCCGUGGGUCUCAACGGCUUGCUCGGCGGCGCGCUGUUCGUGUCCUCCGCCGUGCUCGGCGUCAUCUGCCUCCGCGUCGGCGGCCGCGGCGUCGCCAUCGACAGAGGCAGCUUCUUCCGGGACGCAUGCUUCCUCCUCCUCGCCCUCGCCGCCGUCGCCGUCGUCCUCGCCGUGGGCGAGGUCAGCAUAUGGGGCGCCCUCGCCUUCACCUCCCUCUACCUUGUAUACGUCCUCGUCGUCGUCUUCAUCCACGGCAGAUCGCACGACGGAGAGGCAGAGGCGGCGUGGGUCGACAACACCCCGGCCUCGUCCGAGCUCUGCAACGUCGUGGAGACGGAUUUUUACGCCCCGGACCAAGAUCCGCUGCUCCCCGAAACGGCGCCCCUCCUGCAGUACUACGCCGGCGACGCAACGAAGAAGAAGAGGAGCGUGUUCUGGUCGGUGGUGCGCGUGCUGGAGCUACCUCUGUACCUCCCGCGGCGGCUGACCAUACCGGACGCGAGCGAGGAGCGCUGGAGCAAGCCGGCCGCGGUCGCCGCGGCGACCCUUUCCCCUGUCUUCCUCUCCUGCCUAUGGAGCCACGCCACCGGGAGCCCGCUUCUCGCCCCCCUCCUCGGCGGCAUCGCCGGCCUGUUCCUGGGCCUGCUCGCCUUCCUCGGCACGAACGCUGAUGCCCCGCCGACGAAAUUCCUCUCCGCCUGGCUCGCCGGUGGGUUCGUCAUGAGCGUGGCCUGGGAGUACGUCAUCGCGAACGAGCUCCUCUCCCUUCUCGUGUCCGCCGGCCUGGUGCUGGGCGUGGAUCCGGCGACGCUGGGGAUGACAGUUCUAGCAUGGGGCAACUCGCUGGGCGACCUCAUCGCCAACGUGGCCGUGGCCGUGGCGGCGCGCCGCGGUGGAGCCCAGGUGGCCGUAGCCGGUUGCUACGGCGGGCCGGUGUUCAACGUCCUCGUUGGGCUGGGCCUGUCUCUGCUGCUUUCUUGCUGGGUCGGGUACCCGAAUCCGGUAGCGAUACCCUGGGAGCCCAGGCUUUAUCAGACGCUAGGCUGGGUAGCUACUGGGCUUUUCUGGGCCUUCGUCAUGCUCCCGAGAAGGGGCAUGAAGGUGGAUAGGACGCUGGGCUUUGGGCUCCUUGCCAUAUACUUGUGUUUCUUGUGUACUACUCCCUGCCUUUUUGCUUAAUUUAAAGGUUCCAACGGCUUUUCCCUCUA